AUCCAAGACGGGUCGGCGGACGUGAACUCCCAAUGCCGGAUGAACGGAGCCACGCCAAUCAUAGUGGCCACAGCAUGGGGACACUCCAAGUUGGUGCAAGAGCUGGCCACCCUCGGAGCAGACGUCAUGAUCAGAGAUUUCAAGAACAGAACAGCUGUUCACAUAGCAGCUGCAAGUGGCUUCCUUGCCAUACUGAAGAUCCUUCUCGAUGGAAGCAACGACAAUGGAAAAAAGGAGCAACUGGAGUUGCUUGUGAAUAUGCCAAUCACGGGCAAAGUGAAUGACUUGAAGACGUGCAGUUUUGAUUCGUGGGUGCACAAGCAUGCCGAGCUACUUCCUCCACAGAUGCCCGAAUUGCAGAGCGGCAUUACACCCCUACAUGCAGCAUCCCAGUGGUCGAGAAGUCGUUGCGUUAAAUUUCUGCUGACCAAUGGAGCUGAUCCUGGACUCUUAGAUGACAGGGGCCUGUCACCCUUAGAUGUGGCUGGAGAGAAGAAAGUUAUCUCUCAAAGUCCAGGCAUCCAAUACGACUCAUCAAAAAACUCCUUCGAUAAUUUGACUUUAGGUGCGAGAGCUUUUACAAUAGCUGGAAAGAUGCCUUUGUUUUCUGAUAGUUCAAAAAGUGAUCUGUCCGAUGAAAGUAGUAACAGUGACAGUGAAACUAAUGAUGGAAAGUCUUCUAGUGUCUUGAGAAAGAUGUACAUUCCGCCAAUUAUAGAAGAACACGACAAAGGAGGUGCCAACAUUGAGACUACAGGAGAUGUCAUACAACUGCUCUUUGAAAAAUGGAGAAAAUCAAUAGAAAACCUGCCUGAAAUGAGUGGCGAAAAUAAUUUAAGAAUUCGUAUAAGAAGAGAAGGCGACAUAAAAAAGCCAGUUACAUGUCUUCAUACAGUUGUGAUAUCAGGAAAUAUUGAGCUACUAAAGAGCUUGUCAUUAAAAAAUGAUGAAUUUGAGGUAAACCUGAGCGCUUUUGAUAAGGAUGGGUUUACACCUCUUCACCGAGCUGUUAUUAUGAGGCGCUUAGAUAUUGUAACUACAAUUCUUGAAAAUGGCAUGCAGCAUCUAAUUAAUAUAAAUGACCUGGUAGGAAGAACUCUCCUGUUCCUAGCCGUGGAAAUAGAAUGGAUAGAAGGCAUUGACUAUUUUCUCAACAAUGGUGCUGAAUUGAGUCUGAGCUCACAGGAUAAUUCGAAUGUUCUACAUGUUGCUGCUCGACUAGGCAAUGCAGAUCUGCUAUCAGAAUUGGUGCAAUUCGACACAGGUAUAACUCUGGUAAACUCGAUAAACAACAAAAAUCAGACACCCUUAUGGAAUGCAGUCAAGAAAUCUUCAGCAGCCUGUGUCAGUCUGUUGCUGACAGCUGGAGCUCAAGUAUCAUUAUCGCAACCAAAUAAUAAAUCUCUGUUACAUAUGGCUGCUGAGAACUCAUCUCCAGAGACAUUGAGACUCCUGUUGGACUUUGGUGAGAGGACGAUGGUGUCAGAAAUGUUCGAAGGGAUGACCCCUUUGCAAUUGGCCUGCAGGAAAGGACUUGUUGAUUGUGUGAGAGUGCUCAUAGAGUAUGGAGGUGAUGUCAAACAGAAGACUGGUGUGGUUGGUGACUACUUGAUUUCGAGAGGAACGUGCCUUCAUUUGGCGGCAAGGUAUGGACAUUUGAAGGUUGUGGAGUUUCUGGUACAGUUUGACAGAUCAUUACUCAGCAUCCCCAAUGAUGAUAACUGGUACCCACUGCAUGUGGCUGCAAGAUCGGGAAAAGUUGAUUGUGUCCAUUUUAUGAUUGUUCAUGGGGCUGAUCUAUCGAAGCAAGUGGUCGAUCGAGCUGGGAACCCUAACACUGCCGUGGAUCUCAUAGCCUGCUUCAUCCCUCAACCACACACUUUCUUCCAACGAAUCUUCGAUGAAUCUAUUGAGACAAAUGGACACCCUACCAACCACAUCCACUGCCAAAUCAAGUACAAAUACAAUGUUCUGAUACCUUCAGACAGGGAGAAAAGACAGCUCAAAGCUCUUGUUUCGCUGAUCAACAUAAAUAAUGAUUAUUUCCUGGAGAAGACACUUUUACACCCAAUGAUCGAAAGUUUUCUGUAUCUGAAAUGGCAAAGAUUGAAAAUAUUUUUUAUAGCAGUCGUCUUGUUGUAUGUUACUUUUACUGUAUCAUUCACUGCUCUAUCUGUUACAAUGUUGGAGAGAGUUACGAAUAAUAAUAAUCAGAGCACCCAGCAAAAUAAUCCCAUCAUCAGUUUUGUCAAGGAAUAUGUUUCGAGUUCUCCUCUGGUCUCAUCGGAAUCAGUUGUUAUGUUCAACAAAUUACUGGCAUUGGGUUCUCUACUGAUAAUUGGUCCAGUGGAGAUCUAUCAAGCAUUAACACUGCGACGUUGCUAUUUCCUGAAAAUUGAGUCAUGGUUGAAAGCAACGAUAAUGGUUCUCACAGUUUGGACACUUGUGUUGGAUUCUGACUCAGACAUGCAAACUAGAUCUUCGAUUUCAGCAGUCAUCAUACUGUGCUCAUGGUCUGAGCUGCUCUUCCUUCUGGCCUGUCUCCCAAAUUGGGGCUUCAGCAUUCUCAUGUUCUGCAAAGUAGCUCAGAAUGUGAUAAAGGUGCUGGUCACCUUCUCCUGCCUUAUAGUUGGCUUCAGCUUUGCUUUCAUGGUAUUAUUUCAAUCCUCAGAGCCGUUCGUGUCAUUUUGGCUCUCAUUUUUGAAGGUCAUGGUGAUGAUGACUGAGUACGACUACGGUGACUUGUUCAGUGCGAGAGAAGGACAGGACUAUUUAGCGAGAACUAUAUUCCUGGUUUUCCUCAUACUAGUGUCUAUUGUUAUGAUGAACCUCAUGGUGGGCAUAGCUGUUAGUGAUAUAGCAUUACUUGAGGAUCAAGGAAGAGUUAGUAGAAUAAUUAAGCAUAUUGACUUUUUAGAUUUGCUCGAAGAGUUAGUUUACAAUGAUGUGUUUCUGAAAAUAAUGCCCAAAAGAGCAGGAAGGAGCCUCAAAAGUAUGCGUGCGGCUCCUUCGUAUUUCACAUUCAAAAUUAGACCGCUGAGAAACAGCAGAAGCAUUCUUCCUCUAAGUCUUCAUCAAUCAAUGAUUAAUAAAGUUGAUGAGCUUUACAAAAACAACUACAACUACAACUCAUGUCCAGAAACAUCCAUGAAUGUAUCAUGUAAAAAUGAUCUUAGAACUGAAAAGCCGGUUGAUUCCAUCUGCGAACACUGUAAAUCAAACGUAUCCGAAUCCAAAUUACAAUGUAUUCUUGAAGAAAUUGCUAAAUUGAAAGAUGAAUUGCAGUCAAUGAAGGAUCAGUCAUUGGCUCAUUGAUGUGAUAAUAAUGAAUUGAUGUUUCACGCUAUCAAAAUCGCAGAUUUUCUUGAAUGACUCUUCAAAACCGAUUUGAUUCCUUCCUUGUCACAUUUUCAAUUCAUUUCAUAUUCUGAUGCAUUAAAUAAUGAUUGAAGAAAUUAAUGACUUGAGUGACAAUUUUAUUAUCAUUCAUGAACUCUUUAUAAUCCAUGAUGUGCAAAGUUAUGAUGCACAUGAUUAUAGAGUUGAGAACCAAUAAAUGAGAACCUCUAUCGUACAAACACAUUAUUGAAAGUGACGUGAUUCAUGUAAUUCUAAAGUUGUUUCCAGCUUGUAACCAACUGUGAUCCAACUGUUCAUAACAUGCUAACUGUGAUGUGAACAAACUAAGUUGGAAACGAAUGUAGAGAUUAAACUAUAGUGAGUUAUACUAAUGUAUAUUUUUUAUCUUUGUAUUUGAACUUUAAAUAAAUUGUCUGCCAUUUUCUUGUUUCAAAAGAAAA